AUGUCUCGCCGAGCCCCGAACCCCGCCCAGGAGCGGGCUCAAAAGAACCAGCAGACGCUCAAGAAUCUCCUAAAGCUGGAGCCUAACAAGAUAUGUGCGGAUUGCAAGGUUAACAAACAUCCCAGGUGGGCGAGCUGGAAUCUCGGCAUCUUCAUCUGCAUUCGUUGCUCUGGCGUCCACCGUAGCAUGGGCACCCACAUUAGCCGAGUCAAAUCCGUCGAUCUCGAUACGUGGACCGACGAACAAUUGCAGAGCAUGCUCAACUGGGGUAACAGGAGGGCGAACAAGUAUUGGGAAGCCAAGCUGGCGCACGGUCAUGUUCCCUCCGACAGCAAGGUGGAGAGCUUUAUCCGCACAAAGUACGAACUAAAGCGCUGGGUGAUGGACGGUCCCAUGCCCGAUCCCAGCACACUGGACGACGGUGAUGAUAUUCCUUUAAGUCUGGUAAAGGAGAAGCAGACGAUUGAGCGAAAGGAGUCCAUACGUAAGGCCUCGAUUGGCCAAUCAUCGAAGCCGGGCCAUGUCGCAGCCCCCGUAGCCGAUCUUAUCGGAGGCGAUCCCAUCCCUCAGCGUGCGAGCACGACAAGCCCCCCGGCUCCCAAGGUUGCCGCUAAGGGUACUCCGGCGCCGCCCAAGACGAGUACGAAGGAUUCUCUGCUGGGGUUGGACUUCUUUGGUGACCAGCCCGCAGCGCCCGCACGCCCCGCUAGCACCUCGGGCACUCAAAACAAGGGUGGUUCUUCGCGCCCCGACUUGAAGCAGUCUAUUCUCUCUCUAUAUGCCACGGCUCCUCGACCCCAGGCCCAACCAGCCCCCCAACAGCCAGCCGCGCAACCGUUCGGUGGUAUGCCUGCCGUUGCGCCUCAACAGGCUUCAGGAGGUCUAGUUGACGCAUUUGGCGGCCUCAACUUUGGAAGCACUACUGGUACCACUACUACAACUUACUCGCCGCCUCCCCCAGUAGACCCCUUCGCGGCUCUCGCCUCACCGAGCACCGCUACGAAGCGUGCAGUCUCUCCCCCGAGCGCUUUCGGUGCCCUUAGCGGAGGAAGCUUCUUCGAUACCAAACCCGCGCAGCCUGCCGCCCCGUCCGUACACAAACCAUCACCCAGCAUCACCUCACCUGGCCUUGCUGGUCUUUCAAGCCUUACUUCCCCGACCAACCACAUCCCCCAAUCUAAGCCCGCCCAGCCGGCCUCUUCCGCUUUCGGAGACCUCUUCGACCUGAGUUCUCCCGCUCCCGCUCCUCAGCCUACCCUCGUCGCCAACCCUGCCCCCACGCAAACCUCUAGCUCCAUUUUCAAUCUCUCCGCCCCUUCCGCAAAGGCUCCCUCGGCAGCGCCCGCCGCCCCCGCUCUUACCUCCUCCAACUCUACGAACGCCUUCAGCUCCGGCAACUGGUCCAACAGCGACGUUUGGGGAAAUGCCUGGAGCGCUCCCGAGCCUGCCGGUCCUGCUGCCACCCAAGCCGCUAAGCCCGCCGUCGCCGCCCCCACUACCACCACAAACGACUUUGGCUGGGGCAGCCCCGGCAUCGCCUCCGGUUCUUUUGCCAGCCAGAGUAUCGUGCCUGGUGCUAGCGGCUUCAAUACGGCGCCCCAGGUUUCGGCCGACGAAGAGUUUGGCGGCUGGAGUAGCGGGGGUGCCACGACGACUACGUCCUCGACGACGAAGCCGGCUGGAGGAUUUGGUGGUAGUGAUGACCUAUUCUCUAAUGUCUGGCAGUGA